AUGGCGAAGGCCAUGCUGAGAGAAAUCCCUGUUGAGGACAGGGAGGCUGUUAAGGGAGUCGGCACCCUUAACCUCGAAGCCAUCCUCGCCCUCCUCGUCGAGUCUAUGCUGCAAGUGUAUGGUCUCCGUAAGCCAAUCAAUGAUAAAAACAAAGAGGUAAAAGCUGCGAAGGCCAUGGCCGCCUCUGAUUCAGAUAAGGCUAUGUUUCAAAUAGCUCAGAAUGAAGUCUUGACAACUGACAUUCUGUAUUCUCAGGCGUCAGCCAAUGUGCAGGUCAAGAAGGACCUAGAGGCGGCCAAGAAAAAGAUCCUGGAUCUUGAGAAGGCCGUCUUUGACCUUAACGAGGAGAUGACGACUCUUAAACAGGCGGAAAAGGAUGCCAAGGAUCUCCGCGAGCGGGUCGAGAAGCUCAAGGGCCGCCUGGCCAGCCGAAAGGCGGACCUCUCCCAGCAACUCACUGAGAAGGCCGAGGGGGAGAAGGCAGCUCUCGUCCAGGAUAUGAUGGAGGACAGCACCACCAUCAUGAAGAUGACCCGGGCUGCUCUCUUCCCUGAUGCCGACUAUGACAAAUGGGAUCGCCAAUUUGCCGCAUGCUCUGAUGAAUACAAUAAACAAAUCAUGGAGGAAGCAGGCGGCGAUGAGGACGCCGAGGGUGAGGAGUCCGACUCCACCGCUGGGGAGUCAAAACAGGAGGAGGCGGCUGGUGAGGAGGGGCCGGCGCAGGAGGGAGUGAUUGCUGAGAAGGAGCCGUCCCGGUCUAGGUCCGAAGGUCAAGACCAGGCGGCUGUUGAUGCACAACCUCCUGCUUAG